UCCCUCUUCCCUCUCUGGAUCCGAAUAUAACGAUGUAUCUCGAGCAAAAAUAGCUCAAAGCCAGCAACCCUCACCCACACCCACACACUGCCAUAGAAGUCCACCAACGUAACCGGAGCUUUUAGGAUUUUCCAUUUGAACGUCAAUGGAAUCCUUCGAUGCGAUGAACAAUGACGGAGGAGAAGACAUUAAUUCCUCAUCUCGCCCUUUCGAUGACGAUGCCUACAUGGGCUAUGAUUCCUCCUCUUUCCCUCCUCCUCCACCUGGACAAGCUUUCCCUCCCCAUGAUCUCACCUCUGAUACUACUCACCACGUUCCUCACAAUCUCAAUCGCAGUUACAGUAACAACCUUGCUUAUAUUGCCACCACCACCAACAACAUCCAUACUAACAAUAAUAAUAUCGACCCUCCCUCCCCGGAUGUUUAUCGAUCUUUCAGGGCGUCUGCCAUGGAUGGUAGUGGUAUCGGUGGUGAUGGUCAUGGCGAUGAUGGGUUUUUUGCCUCUGAAGGGCCCGUGUUGCCUCCGCCUGAUGAGAUGCGUGAGGAAAGCUUCGCUCGACGUGAAUGGCGCCGCCAAAACGCCAUUCAUCUGGAGGAAAAGGAGAAAAGAGAGAGGGCGAUGCGAGAUCAGAUAAUAGCUGAAGCAGAAGAAUACAAACGAUCUUUUUACGAGAAAAGGGAUCAAAAUUGUGAAACGAAUAAGGCUAACAACAGAGAAAGAGAGAAGCUAUACAUGGCUAAUCAAGAAAAGUUCCACAAAGAAUCUCACCUGCACUACUGGAAAGCGAUUGCUGAGAUCAUUCCUCGUGAGGUGGCUACUAUUGAGAAGAAGAGAGGAAGAAAAGAUCCUGAUAAAAUCCCUUCGGUUUUUGUGAUUCAAGGUCCAAAGCCUGGCAAGCUUACUGAUCUUUCCAGGAUGAGACAAAUUCUCCUGAAGCUCAAACAGAACCCUCCACCUCAUAUGAUGCCUCCACCCAAAGAUGAAAAAGCUGGAAAAGACGGGAAAGAUGGAAAGGAGGCCAAGAAUGGGAAAGGCUCUACUCCAGCAGAUUCUGGUGGAGAAAAUAAACCUGCGGCAGCAGGGAAAGAUGCUGCUGCUAAUGGUGGCCCUGUACAACCAAAACCAGAGACUUCAGCUUCAGCUGAGGCUGAUAACAAAGUCAAACCCGAUCCUGAUUCUUCCAAGUGAUGUCAAACCUUAAUUUAUUUUCGUCCUUCUUUUGAAUUUAUGACUUGCUUGCUUUAUUUAUUUAUUUAUUUUUUAAAGUUUCGGCUAGCUAUUCACAGUGGAGAAUAAGAGCAGAGACCUUGGAUGGAUUUCAAGUAUGCAACAUGAGAUUGUAGACAGACAUAUUUUCCUUCUCAUAAGAUAUGAUGAUGUUGAAACUUGAUCGAGGAAAGUGAGGACAUUAACGAUCAUUUGGCAACUGUUUUUAAGUAUUUCAUUCACUUGUCCAAGUUCUUGUCUUGCCUGUGCAACUGUACACCUAUUUUUCCAUCACAGGUUUUUAGUUGAAGUACUUGAAUGGCUGU